AUGAGCUACGACCUGUUCGACCCGGUGUCGGGGGAGUUGCUGGAGGCGGAGGUGGAUGGCCGAAGGCCUCUGGCGAGCCGCCAGGGCCAGGGCCAGAAUUCCGGCAGGGGCACUCCAGGGGAGCGAAUCAGGAGCGGAAUUCGACGACUGCUGCUGUUGCAGCGCGUCGCGCGCGCCUUCUCCACCAUCGCUGCCGGCUCGUCAGCAGAGAUCAAUCCUCCGCACAGUGAUCCAUCUCUGAGGCAACGCGCCAGUGAUGAGGACUCAAGCAGAAGAUCUCAACAGGACAGCAGCACAGCAUGUUCGAACUCUCAAAGUAGUGGAGAGGAGCCAAGGAGCCUCAGAGGCUCACAAGAAACGUCAGACUCUGGACCAUCCUGUGGUUCUGGCCAGGAAUGUCAAUCGAGUGUGUCAGACGAAAAUGAUACGGAGAUGGACGAUUCAGAGCAGAUGGAACAAACCUUGCCAUCGACGCCAACGGAUGUGUCAACGUCAGUGUCCCAGUCCAGCGGAGGGAUGCCUGUCAUGCAUCCUCAAGCCCAACACUGCCUCCAAACGGGGUCUUGCCAGACGCUUGAAAAGCUCAAAAUGCCAUAUGGCAUGAUGCAGCCCAUAGGUUUUCGCUCAACAGCUGCUUACACUCAGGGAACGAUGCCAUCAUCGGCCAUCGGGAGGCCAUCGGCGUACGGAAGUUAUGGAAUGCUGGCCCAGCAGCAUGGUGGUGCAGCAUGGCAGCUACCGACAGCACAAGCCAUGUCUGGGCACGUCUUGUACCCAGCUGUGCAUGGGAAUGGCCAGCCUGCAUGGGGACAUCUGUGCACUUCGAAUAUGAGGUACCCCAACUGGAGCAUCCCCAUAGCAGUUUCGCCAGCGCAGAACGCUAGAAAUCUAGGCGCACUUCAGCAACCUGGACAUUCGGAUGCCGGAUGCCAGUCAGACUAUUCCACAGGGGCUCAUCCUGCUAGAGUAGAAAGGAGACAGCCCUCGACUCCCCAGCCACAAGUCCAGCUGAACAUCAGCAGCCCGCAGCUGAAAAGAUCUGCAAGUGAAGGCUCACUUGGCAAGAAGGCCGCACCAUUGAGAUCAAGGUAA